AUGUCGGCGGAAGAGCCUCUUGCCACACUUUCAUCAAUUCCAGAUUCUAGCGCUGACCAAGCACCACCGCUAAUAGCAGAUGAAUUUACAUUGGACCUGCCCAGAAUUCCAAGUUUAGAAUUACCACUUAAUGUCUCCACAAAACACUCUAGUAUACAAAAGGCUAUAAAAAUGUGUGGGGGCAUCGAAAAAGUGAAAGAAGCUUUUAAAGAACAUGGCCCCAUCGAGUCUCAGAAUGGGUUAGAACUGUACUUGAACGAUGGUAAUGAUAGAGACGGGUCCAAGAGCUACUUUAAUGAGCACCCUAUAAUUGGUAAAAGGGUUCCUUUCAGAGACGAGUCUGUAAUCCUAAAAUUAACAAUGCCUAAGGGAACGUUAGCUAAAAAUAAUAAUAGCGUCAAAGAUUCUAUUAACUCCCUAAAAGAUUCGAACAAGUUGAGAGUCACUCCCGUUUCCAUAGUAGAUAAUACUAUAAAAUUUAGAGAAAUGUCAGAUUUCCAAAUCAAACUGGAUCAUGUUCCUUCUGCAAAAGAAUUUAAAAGUAGUUUUGGUUCUUUGGAAUGGAAUAAUUUAAAAAGUUUUGUCAAUUCUGUUCCAGAUAAUGACUCUCAACCCCAGGAAAACAUCGGGAAUUUGAUUUUGGAUCGUAGCGUUAAAAUUUCGAGUACAGAUUUUCAGUUGCCGCCUCCUCCUAAGUUAUCAAUGGUUGGUUUCCCUUUACUUUAUAAAUAUAAAGCUAAUCCAUUUGCAAAAAAAAAAAAAAACGGUGUCACAGAAGUGAAGGGAACAUAUAUCAAAAACUAUCAGUUGUUUGUUCAUGAUCUCAGCGAUAAGACAGUUAUCCCAUCCCAAGCUCAUGAACAGGUAUUGAACGAUUUUGAGGCGGCUAAGAAAACAAAAGUCUAUCCAGGCACUAAAAGUGACUCCAAGUUUUAUGAAUCACUGGAGGAAUGCUUGAAAAUUCUGAGAGAACUGUUCGCCAGGCGUCCAAUUUGGGUUAAAAGACAUCUUGAUGGAAUUGUGCCGAAGAAGGUACACCAUACUAUGAAGAUAGCACUAGCGCUCAUAUCUUAUCGUUUUACAAUGGGGCCUUGGAGAAAUACAUAUAUCAAAUUUGGCAUAGACCCUAGAAGUUCUGUAAAAUAUGCUCAAUAUCAAACGGAAUAUUUCAAGAUUGAAAGAAAAUUAUUAUCUUCUCCCAUAGUGAAAAAAAAUGUUCCCAAGCCGCCACCCUCGGUGUUUGAAUCAGACACUCCAGGUGAUAUUGACAGCAGGUUCCAGUUUGACGGAAAAAGAGUACCGUGGUACUUGAUGUUACAGAUUGAUUUAUUAAUUGGUGAACCAAAUAUUGCAGAAGUUUUUAACAAUGUCGAAUAUUUAGAUAAGGUAAAUGAAUUAACUGGAUGGUUUAAAGAAUUAGAUUUGGUCAAGAUAAGAAGAAUAGUAAAGUACGAACUUGGCUGCAUGGUUCAAGGAAACUAUGAAUACAAUAAGUACAAGUUGAAGUACUUCAAGACAAUGCUAUUUGUUAAGGAAUCCAUGGUACCCGAAAACAAGAACGCAAAAGAUGGAAUGGGUGUUAACACCAAUAAAGAUGCAGAUGGGGAUAUAAAUAUGGAUGCAGAUAGUCAAAUGUCCUCAAAUGCUGUAAAGGAGGAUAAGGGUAUUGCUGAUGGCGAUGGUUAUGAUGAUAACGACGCCAUAACUGAGGAGCCAGAUGACGCUGCUUUAGAGAAUGAAGAAAUAGACACUGAUCAGAACUUGAAAGUGCCUGGUAAUAUAGACGAUGAGGUGGAUGAUGUUGAUGCAGAUGAAGAAGAACAAGAAGAUUUUGAUGUUAAAACAGCGAGCUUUCAAGAUAUCAUUAAUAGAAUAGCUAAACUCGAUACGAAAGUCGCUGAAACAAUGAAAAGCGAGCUCAAGGGGUUUGUUGAUGAAGUCGAUUUGUAA